GGCGGCUGAGGAGGCCAUGAUUUCAGAUCUGGACGAGAGCAACCCCGGCACGGAGUGGGAGCGGGUGGCUCGACUCUGUGACUUCAACCCCAAGUCCAGCAAGCAGGCCAAAGACGUGUCUCGCAUGCGCUCCGUCCUCAUCUCCCUGAAGCAGUCCCCACUAGUCCGCUAGGCAGCCUAGCCUGCUCAGGGUGUCAUUCCAUAUAAUCCUGUCUCAUGACGUACCAACCAACCCUACUACCGAUGUCCCACCAUCUGCAUUCUGAAGACAAGGGGACUUGCAUUCCUUCUGUCCAUACCGGUUUGCCAUGCACAGCCCUGUGGAAGGAUAUAGCCAGUGGUCCUACCCUUAUCUAUCUCCUCCUGGCAGGGCUGUAGAGAUUAGCUUUGAAACACCAGCUCACCAUUGUCUGCCCCCUGAAAGGUUUUCAUCUGUGUGACCUCUUCCGCAGACAAAUCAAGACCUUGUAAUUCCUCUUUCUUGUUGUUUAAUAUCCCGAGAUCAACUCCUAUUAGAUCGACACAAGUUGUCAUGGUCUGUGGUAUUGUGUAACACUUGUCUAAGGGUGGUGAGUUUGGACACUAAAAGGGAAAGGUUCAUGUUUGUUUGUACAACCUGCUUCACAUGGCCCCCAAACAAUAUCAUUCCCAUGAUACUGUACUCUUAACUGACCUAUGAGGGUUGAUUGAUGUUAGCUGGUUUCAUUAACCCUUUGCCCUCCAACACAUCGCCUCAUGUUUUCCCAUCCUUGCAAAAAAAGUAUCUUCCUAAAAAAAAAAAAAAAAAAAAAAUUAAAAAAAAAAUA